UAUAUAUAAUGUGUAUAUGUGAAUUUGAUGAAUGCUAUUAUGAUAAUAGUUUUUCAAUUCUGUUAACAGGUCUGAAUGCUAUGAUAAUAGUUUCACCUCUCCCAUUUCAUGACAUCGAUUCACAUUCUAAUGCAUUCGAAUUUGAUGUUAGAGUUAAUUGAUUUAGUUUUUUUAGUCACAGAGUCAAUUGGUAUAGUUGUAAAUUUUAGUAAGAUGAUCCUGUCUUAUGCAAUGGUUCACGAUUUGAAUAGUUAUUUGCUGCAGUUUCAAUUCAAUGGUGACGUCAAUGUAUGGUCGGUGUGCCUGUCAUCAUCUUGGCCUGCCACGUUUUCUAAUUGAUUUGGACUUAAACACUGAGAUGAUCAUGGAAAUGUCCAGGUUCUCUAGCAUCUUCUCAUUUUAGACUCGUCUUCUAUGAUAAAGACUUGGGCUUCUGUUCUGUGAGAUUAUCAUCUCACAUAUGCCCAGCUAAACGUCCUUUGACAAUUCCACGCUAAUCCAUACACGUCUAUUGCAUACUUUUGAAUUCCAAUUUCUCCACUGGAGCACUUUGACUCCUAUUACUAUUGAAAAUAUGACUUCAAGACUACAAUCUGUGCAGAAGAUAGAAGAACAAGAAGCUGUUCCAUUUUUUUUUUUUUUGAAAAAAUGGAUAGCAAUCAUCAAUAUCUUAUGAAUACAAUCUUGGUUCUCAUAUUGUCAUGUUUGUGCUUGGGAGGGCCUCAGACUUCCCGUGCACGGACUACAGACACCAUCAAACCAGGCCAAGUCCUUGGAUUUCAAGACCAGUUGGUUUCAUCAAAUGGGUUGUUUAUGUUAGGCUUCAUCACCCCGAGCGGGUCGAGUUACAGCUAUUUAGGAAUUUGGUACAACAACGACCCUUACGACAACCAUACUGUUUGGGUUGGUAACCGUGACAGUCCAGUACUUGGUUGGUGGCAAUACAAAUCUUACUAUGGAUGCUGAUGGUGUUUUGAAGAUUAAGAGUCAAGGAGUGAGUUUUGAUUUGGUGAGUCAUGAUCAAGCUGCUCAAAACUCAUCCGCCACUCUAAAUGAUUCCGGCAACUUUGUAGUGACAGAGCUCAACACAGAUGGAUCUGCCAAACAAGACUUGUGGCAAAGUUUUGAUUAUCCUACAGACACGCUCCUGCCUGGGAUGAAACUAGGUGUGAACUUCAAAACAGGGCAAAGCUGGUUACUCAGUUCUUGGAUAAGCAAUUCAGAUCCUGCUCGGGGGACUUUUACUCUGGAAUGGAAUGGUACGAUAGGACAACUAGUCAUGAAACGCAGGGGGGAGAUCUACUGGACUACUGGCCCAUUAAAUGUCAUGAACCGGAGCUUUGAAUACAUUCCUUGGCUAAGUUUUGAUUCUCGCACCAGUAUCUACAAUUUCGGCAGUGCUUUUAAUGAGAAUGAGAGUUACUUCAAUUUUUCUGUCCCAAUAGGGACUAUUUCAAGGUGGGUUUUGGGUUCAAAUAGGUCACUUGUUGAUGGCGAAAGACCUUCACUCGGACCAGCUGGUCCCUGUGAUGGAUUUGCAUCAUAUCCAGGGUGUGAAGCAACGAGGCCGUCACAGUGUAGGACUAGCAACCAAACGUUCCUUCAACGAUCUGGUAGCUUCUGGCAAUCAGGAGACUCAGAUGGAAAUAUCAGCUUGGGUCUGAGUGAUUGUUGGACUAAAUGCUGGUACAAUUGCUCUUGUGUUGGUUAUAGAGUUCUCAAUUCCAAUGGAACUGGAUGCCAGUUGUGAAGCAGUGACUUAACUUUUGUAAAAGAUUCAAGAGGUGUUGCGCCCUCCAUCUACGUUUUAAAUUCAACCUUAAAUGAGACCUCAUCGACCAAUAUUAGCCCCACAAAAAACUCCGGUA